AUAAUCUGAAGGCGAUUUUGAGUGUUGUAGGGUAAAUCAAGUGUCCGAUAAAGUGAUUUCUUUAUGGGUUUGAAGAAAGCAAAAACGGUUUCUUGGGCUUCUGGACCUAAUCUUUGUCAGGUAAAACAUUAUCAAGAAGAGGAUUGCCCAUCAAAAGUCAGUAGGGGAUCUCAACAUCAUCUUCAGCUGCAAGGGAGGCUUUGUUACAAAUCUUUGGCUAAAUGGAAAUGUCCUCCCAAGUUUAACUUGAACGAGAAAUGGCGUGUGGUUGCUGGUGAAGAAAGUAAAGAAGCAGGAGAUCAGGAGCAUAGGGAAAAGAGAGUGCUUGAGGUGGUUUUUCCUUGUCGAUCUGCAAUUCCUCCGAAUCCUUCCACCUCGUUGGAUCUGGACCAAAAUUAUGAUGAUAACCGAACUCCAGCAAUCCGAAUCAUUCCUAUUGAAGAAGAAGCAGAUGUAGAAGUUCCAUCCCAAACCAUCAGCAGCAAAUCGCCAGAUGCAUGUCUACCUAACAGUGCCUCAUCAUCUUUCAGUUUAGUUACUUCGCAAAAGCUACCUGCUAAUGAAAAAUCACUUCCCCAGUCUUUAUCAACCAUCCAAAAUCCCAGGAAACCUUCAAGCAACUCUCCUCCUUCUGCAAAAUGGCCUUCUAAAGUUCAAUCAACUCCUCCAUAUCUUUCAAGAUGUCGAAAUCUGAAGGGAUCUGACCAAACCAAAGUUUCUCCUAAACCACCAACUGUUCCCCAGCAUCAGCCGACAUUUAAAAAUAUCAGCACUCAAGACCAGACUGAAAUUUAUCCAGACCAAUCAGCUAAUCAUAACUAUGGGCCCAAAUAUCAAAGAAUAUGUGAAAACCAGAAUAUUCCCCAGCUCAAGUCUGAAGUUUCUGGAAUGCCACCUGCUAAGCACAACCCUGUCACCCAGAAUAUUCCUGGUUUUGAGGGUGAUUUGACAGUUGCUAUAGCCACAGCUGUAGCUGCUCUUGCAAAAAGUCAAGAGCAGGAUAGUCUGAUCGAUACCAACUUAUUGGUUAGGCUUCUCCUUAACCCAGAAGAAAUACCAAAGCUGAUGAAUGAACGUGGACUGGCUACCAAUGCCAAAACUGGUGCUGUAACAAUUGAUUCUCUCGUUGCUGCCAUGUCUAGGCCAGUGGAUCUACCGGUUCCCUUGCCUAGGACAAAACCCGAUAAGGUAAUUAUCAAGCCCAUUAAUGAAUACCAAGCUCCCCAUGCAGGAUCUGGACAAAUUUUUGGGCCAAAGCCAAUGGCAAAAUCUGUGCCCUUGACGAUGACUAAGCCUGAAACAUCAUCUGUGAAAAGUAAUUUGGUUAAUGAACAAAGGGCCCCUCCUCAUGUGGGAACUGCAAACAUUAGAGAGAGUAAGUCACUAGCUCACCCCACUUCAGACCUAAAUCUGGAAAAGAUUAAGAAAUUGAUUAACAAAUAUGGAGUACCUGACAAUGUAGGAGGAAAGCCGUUGGUUAAUUCUGAGUUGGUUCCUUCUUCUUGUUCCAAAUAUGAUGUGGUUUCACCCAAUGUUGGCCAUACAUCCCCUUUCUCCUCAAUGACUAGUCCUACCCCUCUUCACAAGGAUAUCAAUUACUGCAAGUCCUUGAUCAAGCAACAUGGAGAAAUUUGUGAGUCUGCAGUUGAUGAUCGUUUGCAAAAUACCAAUCCUCGUGGUAAUUAUACACGAGUGCCAGGUUUGUUAAUGAACCAAAAACCGAUUCAGUGCAGUUUGACGCGUUGUGUUUUCUUUAAUAAACCUAGGGGAUGCCGUAAUGGUUCCUCUUGUCCCUUCCUGCAUGAUAUAUCCGGACAAAAGAGGUCUGGGGGGAUUUUGGAAGAUCGGGAUUUUAAGAGAAUGUCGUAA